CGACAUAAAGUUUAGUAAGUCGCGAACCGUCUGCGCGGUAUGAUUUAAGUUCUUGUGUGUUAGGGUUAAGCCUUGUAGUGUUGUUAAAGCGAUAUUAUUACACAAUAUUAACAAUAAUAUACAAAAAAUAUUCAAUGGCAAACAAACGGCAUGCCGUGGAUAUGUGCAGCAUUCGUGGUGCAACCUGAUUUUUUUUUCUUCAAUAGAAACAACAAAACAUUACAGUGUGUACACCAGUGUGUAGGAUAAUAGACAUUUUAUUACACAAAUUAUAUUUUUUGUUUUGUUUAUUCUUAGUGUUCGUAUUAAAUAAUAAAUUAAAAUAAAUUGAAAUUCUGUUACUAUAAUUCAAAUUAUACAAAAUUAAAGAAUUGGAAAAAAAGAGUUGAAUAUAUCUGCAGCGGUGCUGUAUAGUUACUUGUGUAAUUAGAAAUAAUUGCAACUAGUGAGUAGUGCUUGUCAGAAAGAAAAAAGUUUAACAUACGCCAAUGUGGAAUAACAUUCUGGGAUGGAUUAACAUUUUCAUGCAUUGCCGAUAGUGUGUAAAUGACAUAGACGCUGAAUCGAAAAGCUUUUUGGUGACUGAUUCUUUUCGCAAAAAACACAUUACCAAAUAUCCGGAGGUAUUUACCAUAACGCCUCCACAUCGGAACAUUUUUUUUUUAAAUACCAAUUUGCUCCCAAGCGAAUAACGAACGAGGGGCAAGAGACGAAAACAAAUCAAACGAAUAAAAAACUCCGCUGAAAAUAAAUGACUGCCCAAAAAUGGACUCACGCAUUGGCUUGGAUUACAUAGUCGAGAAUCGCGAAUAUGUCGGCAAAUUGGGAACCGCUUUGGAUACGAAUAAUAUUACCGUUAAGAAACAAGUAUUUGAACUACUAUCUGCAUUGUGUGCAUAUUCUGCAGACGGCUAUGCCAGAGCUUUGGAAACAUUAGACCAUUACAAGAAUAUCAAAAGUGACCGAUACCGGCUGAAGCUAAUCGUUUUAGAAUUAGAAAAGGCUACGUCACCCGAAUAUCAGUCAGCGUUGUUAGCAUUCAUCAAUUGUAUUAUAAUCUCAGCGCCAAGUCUUCAGGAUAGACUACGAAUACGUAACGAAUUUAUAGGUUUAAAUCUUUUACCAGUUUUAAGUAAUCUCAGACGCUUGUCGGGAACAAUUGCUGAUAUUGCCGUACAGCUUGACGUAUUUGACGAACAACGAGAAUGCGACGAAGCGCAAAGUCUACAGGGACCGGACGGAAUCAAUCUAAAUUCCCAUCUUGAUGUAUUUUAUGCCAUAUUGCGUCAAGUGGCGGACACUCCGCAGGAGAUACCAUUUCUUAGUAUUUUACAGCAUUUGCUACGCAUCGAUCCGAAAGAGGCCAUCAGUGACAUUAUAUGGGACACAACCGAAACGUUAGUGCAUCGUGCCACACUGCUGGAGAAUCGGGAAGAUUCGACGCGUUUGCUACGAGCGCCAAGUGUGCAGAAAUUUUCGUGUCCACAUUGUCGCGGCGAAGCGUCUAGUCCGAGUCGGAAACAGUCUAUUGCACCAAAUACGGGAAUUCCGAUUCCACCUCCAAUACCACCACCACACAGUAACAUUGAUGCACCAUCAGCACCGCCAAUUCCGCCGCCAUUACCUUGUAUCCCUCCACCGCCUCCACCAAUGUCAAAUAGCAACAAUUCAACAGCACCAAUUCCUCCACCAGCACCAAGCCUGUUAACACCGAACAGCAGCGCAAAUAGUUCGCUAACGAAUCGACCAAAAACCCCGGAACCGAGUAUCGAUCCAGCAAAAUUGCUGCCACAACAAGAGACACCAUUGCCUAAAGCGAAAAUGAAGACAAUCAACUGGAACAAAAUUCCACCCAAUAAAGUUGUUGGCAAGCACAACAUAUGGACAAUUGUGGCUGAUUCGCAUCAGGAUAGUCCGAUGACUGAUUUGGACUGGGGCGAAAUGGAGGGACUAUUUUGUCAGCAAGCAACCAAUACUCAAGGCUCACCGAAGCUGGGACGAGAUAAUGUGGAUACGCCAGAGCGAAAGGCUAGGAAGGAGAAUUCGGAGAUUACAUUACUGGAUGGCAAACGAAGUCUGAACGUUAACAUCUUCUUGAAGCAAUUUAGAACAUCCAACGAAGAAAUCAUCCAACUAAUCAAAGACGGCGAUCAUGACGAUAUUGGGGCUGAGAAGUUGAGAGGCUUCCUGAAAAUUCUGCCCGAAGUUGAUGAGUUGGCCUUGCUGAAAUCAUUUGAUGGAGACAUUCAACGGUUGGGUAAUGCUGAGAAAUUUCUACUGCAACUGCUUCAAGUGACCAACUACAAGCUACGCAUUGAGGGAAUGCUGCUGAAGGAAGAAUUCGCCACAAAUAUGAGCUACUUAGAGCCAUGCAUCAAUGCAAUGUUAUUCGCCGGGGAAGAUCUUACCACCAACACUCUACUGCGAGAGGUCCUGUACAUGGUUGUAGUGGCGGGAAAUUUCCUCAACGCUGGCGGAUAUGCUGGCAAUGCUGUUGGUGUGAAAUUGUCCUCGUUGCAAAAGCUUACCGAUAUCAGAGCGAAUAAGCCGGGAAUGAAUCUGAUUCAUUUUGUUGCGCUGCAGGCGGGAAAGAAAAAUCGAGAGCUGCUAACGUUUCCCGAGAAACUGACGACACUGGAAAAUGCUUCCAAGACGACUGUCGACCAAAUAAACAAUGAAAUAACCGCACUGGACACAAGAAUUAAAAAUAUUAAAAAACAAAUCGAACUGCCAACGACGGAGCAGGACGUGAAAAGUCAAAUGACCGAAUUUUUGCAGGUCGCCGAACGUGAAGUAUCCAUGCUACAACGUGGUAUGAAAGAAGUUGAAGCACUGCGAAUACAACUCUCCGAAUUCUUCUGUGAAGAUCCUAGCAGCUUUAAACUGGAAGAAUGCUUCAAAAUAUUCCAUAAUUUUUGUGAGAAAUUCAAACAGGCUGUCAACGAAAACGAAAGACGACGCAUGCAAGAGGAGCAAGCAACAAUACGACGAAAGCAACGAGAAGAGCAAUUGGCCAAAAGAGCUAGAACUAGUCAAGCCGGAACCCCAGUGUCCGACUCCGAAAACAGUUUAUUACUUGAUCCAUCGCAAUUCGAUAUGCGUGGCAGUCCAGCAAUGACACGCCGACGAAUGGGAUCGUUCAACAGUACCGGUGAUUCGUUGCUGCGCGAAGAUACAGCAUCACCGGACAUAACCCCAACAGGUAGUCUCCGGCGACGCAGAAGUCGAGUCUUAUCGGAAGAAGAUGAUGGAAGUCUGAUGGACUUUUUGCGGUCGUCGGGUCACGAUAAUGGUGCCAGAGAACGUAAACCGUCGUCGUAUGGCAGUUUAGAUCGAUCUUGGGCUAGACGGGCUCGGUCGGGCAGUGGGAAUAAAAAGCGUCCGGAUUUGCUGAACAUAGACUUUGGUGCAGAUCGAGAACGGCCGAAUUCCCCGUCUCCGUUGGUUGAAACAAAGCAACUGCCAGCGGAAGAAGCUAAACCGAGAAUUUCCAGAGAAUGGCGCCAAAAGAUCGAAUCAUGGCUACAGGCCAACGAACAAGACGAAAAACAAAACGAAGAGUAUCGUCGCAGGGCUAGACGACUUGCUACGAACAGGCGAUCUUUUGAAAACGAUUCAGAAACCGAACGAAGCAAGCUCGAUCCCUUGCCCGAAGAGAAAGCGGCACCGACACCAACAUCUUCUUUCGCUGCGCAUGACACAUACAAGCGUGUCUAUCCGGAUUGGAAGCCGUCUACAACCCUUGAUGUAGUCGGAACCAUCGAGGCGAUAGAAGAUGCUCAACCACGCACACCGCGCGACAAAUCGGCAUGGAGAAAAUCGAAUCUUAACGUACCGAACAGUUCCGAAAAUACCGACUCAUUUUUGCGCUUGUCUCGACAGCGUUCACGCGAAGGCAUCAGUUCAGCAGCAAACAGUCCAUUACAAUCGAUUAUAGAAGAAGAUCGCCGGAAGAACGUCAUACAGCAAUUGGGAGAACGUCCAGCUAGUGAUAAAUUACAAAUCUACAUUCGUCGUCCGUCUGAUUCACCGGAGGUGGAUUCAAAAUCUCUCAGUAUAUCGAGUGGUAGUGAUGCAGUGACAAGCGAUCAUCAUUCGAUCUAUAUUCGUCCUACAAACGACAUUCCGCCCAUUACGACACAGCCCACAUCGGUGCUGGAUACGCCGAAUGCACCACGGCGAGUGAGAAGACUGACGUCGAGCGGUGCGGAGGAUAAAAUUGAAAUCGAUUCCGAAAAUAUCGAAACACCACCAUCGACCAGAAGGAAUAUCAGCACUGAAAACAAGGCGUCAAGUAAUCCUUGUCGAAAAUUACAGAGCCCGAGACCACUACACCGGCAAACAGUUGAAGAAAAUUCGAAACGACGUGAAGAAGAAGAGUUGGACAAUGCUAAGGUUAUCACCGAAGCAGAACCGCUUGGACAAUUCGACAGACAUUCGAUAGCACGUAGAACACGACGGUACAAGCGUCCAACUGACUAUAGUAGUGGCAAUGAGGAACGUGGCGACGGAACGCCAGAUGCUAGUGCCGAAAAGGACACCAACAAAUACUCCAGCAAAUCGAAGUUGGAGGAUGACUUGGACAAAAUUACUCUGCCGAAAAUUGAGGAUAAAGAUGCGCGCCUGAAACGGUGGCAAGAAAGACUGAAAAGUUUGGAUAAAGAAGAUAAUCCAAAGCUGAGCCCCAUUCAGGUUUUGUCCAGAGUCGGAAAGGUUGGCAGAAAUAUCAGCUCGAUCAACCAAGAAGAUGUUCGUGAAGCGAUUAGAAAUCUGAAGUCACCAACGGAGACUCCUGAACGGGUCUGGUCGCCACCGCGUGACAUACUUAAAGACAAAACCAUUCCAACCAAAUCAUUAAAUCAUCACGAGCUGAACGACGAAGGCUUCGAAGAGACACAAUCGCUCGUCUCUGACACACCGUCCCAUGGAAAAGACAGCACAUCGUCGAAUAACGAACCAACCGACGGUAAACGUAUUCGCCCAUUGCGCAUGACCUCGUCGGAUAGUGCAGCGACGACGAGUAGCGAUACGUCCAGGAAGAAGACAAUAACGAAACCGUACGUGCAAAGUCUGCUCGAACGGAAUCGACAAAGUUUGGAAAGAAGCCGAUCAUUACGCAUCGCAGCUGCACCCACACCCAUCCGAAGCGCUCUGGUUAAACGAACAAACUCGCUACGAAAGACCGACUCACAAAGCAGCGUUACAAAUCAGAAUAGACGAGACGUUGAAAGAAGCAGCUCCAGGACUAGUCUACGAAGUUCACGAUCGUCAUUGAACAGUGCCGCUUCAACAAAUACCGUUAAAAAUAUGCCAUUAAAGUCGCAACGAUCACCCGUUACCAUUGACAAAAGCGUAUACAAGAAACCAUUGGUGCUACAAAACAAUUCCACAAUCGGCCGGAUCACAUCACGUACGCCGAGUCGCAGUAGCUCUAGUGGAUCAAGCAUUGGCCCUACCGUCCGGCGACCGCCAGCCAAGAACACAUCAUCAUCGUCCGUAAGCACCAGUUUCAAAGAAAAUCAAACAGCCAACAAACCAGGCAAAAGCAUCGGAAGAAGUUUAUCGGUCACACCAAAUCGACUAACAUCGCCGCCCAUAUCAAGUCAAAUUAGUAACGCAGCCGCUAAAGUAACGUCACGUUUAUCAACGCCGACACAGUCGUCACAGAUCGGAAACGGUAAGAUUCAACGGGUUAGCAAUUUUAUGCGUCCAACCACAGCCAGUUCGACUAAAUUUUCUGGUGCUAAGGGGAAGUAGAGAGGGAAAAUCGUUUCUCGGGGUGGACGGGGAGACAUGGUUGUAUGUGAAAAAAUUGAAAAUAUUUUUUUGUAUUUUUUGUUUCCGGUGUACUUAUCGAUUGUAAGUAGCGCCAGAGUGUUAGGAGAAGAUUUGAACCGAUAGAACGAAAUGAAUGUCACAAAAUAAACAAACAAACAAACAUCAAAUUGAUCGUCCAAAACUUUACAUUCAGGGUAUAUAUAUCAGAUGCGAUUUUUAUUGAUAGAAAAGCCAUGAGAAUUAAUUUAUAUAUUUUGUGUGUUUUGUUUUUACUUUUUAAUUUUUGUUUUUUUGAUAUAAUAAAUAUGUCGUAGAUAGGCUUCGUUUUGAAAAUGUUAAAUUAUAUAUGCGAAAAAAGCAAAAAAAGCAAUUGUUAGUGUCCGAUGAAUGGAAAGAUUUUUGAAAAUUUACUUGAUGCACGAAAAAACAUAUUUCUAGAAAUUUAUUUCCCAAAAAUAGGGUCAGCUACCCCAAUGUAGUGAGUUGUAAAAAAAACGUGAAAUAUUAGGUCGCGUAACAAUCAUUUACUGCGAAAGUUUACACCAGUCGUCUCAAGAUUCGAGUAAAAAAUUUAAAAAAAGAAAAAUUGUCUGCUCGGCAUGACUAAAAUUCAGAAAUGUUUUUUACUUCAUAUCUUUUGCUACGAACAGCCAAUUGCUUUCUCGGUUGAAAUAGAAAAAAACUGUUGUCACUGGUUCAUUUUAAAUACUUUAACAGAUGGCAAGCAUAUCAUUCUAUACUAUCGGAUCUAGUACUUCUUUUGAUCGAAGUUUCAAUAGAUUGAUUUCAAAUAUUUUACUUCAAUUUUUCGAACAUGAGUUUUGCUAUAUGUCAGACCGCAUCGGUCAGUGGAGUGAAAAAUUUACUGAGUUUACCAAAAUUUACCAACCGAGAUCGAAAGUGCAAAAGUUGAAAGUGAAGUAACUUCAAAAUAGUCCAUUACGUUAUUUGCUUGGAAAUUCGUUCUUUUGAAUAGCCCGAGCCAGAAGCUGUCUUUAAGCCUUUUUCGAAGGAUGCCCAUAUAGCCACUUUUUCACAUUUUAUCAAAAAUAUAAAGGCCUUAUUGUACACCUUGAGCAGCCUUGGAUCUAAGAGAAUACGCUAUAUAUCGUAGGCAGCAUCACUAAUGGGCGUAUGUUCGAUAUAUCCGGAACUACUGAAACGAUUCUGAUAAACUUUUCUUUCCCUGAAAGGUAGUAAAAAGUAAUGAAUUUGGAGCCCGACCGACAUAAAUUUCAGCGAAAUUAGAUAGAGUUAUUAAUGAUUUCCAUCUGCUGGUGACACUGAAAAACAGGACACUUAAACAGUUUUGAUUGUGUGCGUGAAUCAGCUGUAAAACAUCUGAAGCAGAUUCAUGCUGAAAUUUCAAUGUCUCUAACCUACAAAAACAUUUUGAAACAACCUGAUUUUUAUCAGUUUCUCUACAGUGUCUCCGCAGGGAAAAAAAAAGUUUAUCAAAAUCGGUUCAGUAGUUCCUGAGAUUUCGGAGAUACCCCAUUUAGUGAUGUUGCACAUGAUACAUGGGGGCUCGAAUUUCUGUGUAGAGAAAAUGAACACACAACGGUUCCACUUAUAAAAAACCCAACAUCUUACGAAUAUGACAAAUAUCUCAGUGUUACUUCUAAAAACUCUCAUACCCCUGCAGAUGAUGCUUUCAACUUCAUUUAUCGUAGAAAGUUACUCUUUUCGAUAUAGAAAUGUGUUUCGCAAAAGAUUUUAUUUUGCCCAGAGUUAUUUAUGGCAAAAUAAAAGCAAUAUUUAAUAAAAGGAAAUUCACUCCUGGUCGAAACGUCGGUGCAAUGUGUGAAUUAGCGACAUUCCAAGUGAAGUAUCAAAAAUCUUUCCACGAACCGACUUUGUUAUAGAUAUUUAAUUUUAGGCGAAAUAUUAUAAAAUACGAAAAAUGCUCUCAAAGUAUAAAACCAAAACUAACCGUACUAAAUAUAACGUGUGCUAAUCUUAAACGAUAAUUUUUAUUUUACAAUAAAAUUUUUAAUUUACAAAAUCUGAAAAGAAAACAAACUCUCGUCCUAGACCUAUUGCGAACGAAAGACAAAGAUUUCGUUUUUUUUCUUCUUUCAAAUAGAAAAAUAUUAUUUACAACUACAAGAACAGAGAUGCCGCAGCGAUUUCUUCCGUUGUAGAAUGGUAAAUUCUUUGAAGAAUUUUUUUUAAACCAUUUUUACAACAAAAACCAAAUCAACCACAGCAAUAUGAGAAUUGAGCAAUACACGAUUGUUGAUUAUUAUAGUCUAUAAUAGUGCAAUUUAUAUAUCAAAGCGACGACUUCCGUAAACAAACAAAAAUAUAUUUUUUCGAGCACCACACUACACUUUGUCGUUAUAUUUAUUCUUGUCACCAUCAACUUAAAAUCUCAAUAGUUAUAUACAGAAAUUGCAUAGCAAAAAUCAGUCAAAUGAUUAAAUUAAUCCAAACAAACCGAAUUCACUUUAAAAAAAAUCUCUAAUAUCAAAAACGUAACACUCAUUAACUUUGUAUAAAAAAAU